AUGUGGUCGAAGUCGGCGAUGAUGGGGAAACAGGAUUCGAGCUGGCGGAGAGUGUUCAGUGCACCCGGUGUUGUGAGGUGUUUGGUGCUAGUGGUCGUGUUGGGCCAGUGUGUAAGUGGUAAGCAGAUAAGCGAGACACUGCAGAGGGCGCUGUCGGCGGUGCGCGGCCCGAGCCCUGGUGCCAAGAAGCUGCUCAAUAUACCAGAGGAUGGAGGGCGUUUACAUCGUGUUCAAGAAAAAAAUGAUUAA